ACACUACGGUUGAAUAUUCUUCAUCGCAAAUCUUCAAAAUGGUUCAAUUCAACAAACCCGAUGCUGAUUCUGUUUUCCGCUCUCCUCUCGGUCCUUACGACUACUCGCAGGAAAAAUGGGAUUCCCUCACUUCUUUUCUAGAAGAUAUGUUCAGACGGAAGCAUCCUUCAAGUCAAAUAUUCGAGGUCGCUUCAGGAAUGACAAUGACGUACAGUGAGCUUCUAGAGGUAGCAGAGACGGUUGCGGCUAAUUUAGCACUUGAAGGUAUUCCCCCGAGAACCAUCGUUCACAUUGUGUGCGAGAACAGUUUUGAUUGGAUAACGACUCUGUUCGCAUGUUAUUUGAAUGACUGCAUUGUUGUCGCCAGCAACUCAAAGUCACCGUGGCCAGAAUGUGCUCGGAAUAUAGAAACAAGUUGUUCUACCGUUCUUAUUUUGUCGGCAAAAUGCUUCGCAAGGCUCAAAAAUGAAAUAGACCACCCUUUCUUGACUCAUAUAAUUGACAUUGAGCCAAAUUUAGCCAAAGAGAAAUACGAUCCACAGUUUAACUUCACUCGAAGAGAGACGCUCAGAUCUCCCGUGUACAACAGAGAAGAACUGCAGGACAUUUGCAGCAUGUUAUUCUCUUCAGGAACUUCAGGAGUUCCGAAAUCGAUCAAAAUAGUCCGGAAGAGUCUGAUUAGCGGUUGCUUGACAAAUACGUUUCCAGGUUUUGCUACACAAACUCACCAGGAUGUUACCCUAGUUGCUCAACCCAUUGCCCACAUUGGUGGACUAACGAUCUUCUUUUUUUCUGCUUUCCAGGGCGCAAACUUGGUUAUCACUGACUAUCCAGGAUCAACUGGGCUUCUUCAGGUUAUCCAAAAGUACCGGAUAACUUUUUUCUUUGCAGUUCCGUCAGUUUUGCACUCUUUGGCUAAAAUAGAUAAUUUGGAAAGUUUCGACUUAGCAUCCAUUCGAGUUAUUUUAACCGGCGCUACAAGUCCUAACUUUGAAGUUAUAAAAACUUUGCAGAAAAGGAGUGGGAAUGAAAAUGUGACAAUAAAACAUGGAUACGGUGCCACGGAAACGUACGGUACAACCUUUAUGACGAAUGAAAAUUUCGAGACAUGCAUUGAGUCCAUAGGAUUAGGCUUGCCAGGGGUCAACUUCCGAAUCGCCGAUUUGAAGGACCCUACAACAUUCAUAACAGAACCUAAUCUUGAGGGUGAAUUACAAACCAGGCAGUGUCAUCCUUAUUUACUAUAUUUUAACGACCCCGAAAAAUCAGCGACAGCUUUGACCGACGAUGGUUUCUACAAAACGGGGGAUUUGGCUUAUCUCAUUCGAGUUAUUUUAACCGGCGCUACAAGUCCUAACUUUGAAGUUAUAAAAACUUUGCAGAAAAGGAGUGGGAAUGAAAAUGUGACAAUAAAACAUGGAUACGGUGCCACGGAAACGUACGGUACAACCUUUAUGACGAAUGAAAAUUUCGAGACAUGCAUUGAGUCCAUAGGAUUAGGCUUGCCAGGGGUCAACUUCCGAAUCGCCGAUUUGAAGGACCCUACAACAUUCAUAACAGAACCUAAUCUUGAGGGUGAAUUACAAACCAGGCAGUGUCAUCCUUAUUUACUAUAUUUUAACGACCCCGAAAAAUCAGCGACAGCUUUGACCGACGAUGGUUUCUACAAAACGGGGGAUUUGGCUUAUCUAAAUGAGGAUCUAAAUGUGAUGAUCUCUGGACGAAUCAAAGAAGUGAUCAAAUUUCGUGGGUUUUCAGUUUCACCAGCUGAAAUUGAGGCAAUUUUAACGCAGCACCCGUUAGUUCAAGAGUGUUCAGUUGUCGCAAAACCCAAAGAAGCAAACGGCGAAAUCCCAGUUGCUUUUGUCGUACUGAAGUUUCCGGAUACAGCUGGCACAAACGAAGUCGAAAAAGAGCUGAUCGCAUUUGUGGCAGAGUCGUUGGCCGAUUUCAAGAGGAUCCAUCGUGUUUAUUUCAUUGAUGACAUUCCAAAAAAUGGCAGCGGAAAAAUACUCAAGCAAAUGCUAGUCAGGAAAUUCCAGAAAGAAUGA